GGCGGAGACAAACAGGCAGGAGGAGGUAGAGUCAACCGGACAGUUGACAACGGGCGCUUCUGUUUGAGCCGAGGAAACACACGCGCUCGUUGUUCACGUUUCUUCGGGAGACGGAGGGAAAGGAGCCGGGGCCGGGCGACUCUGUCUGAAGUUGAAGCCAGAAUUUCGUUGCCAGAGACGGAGAGAGAGAGGAAGAACCUGCAGCGACUUGUCGCGGUCGACGAAGUGGCGGGGUAAAAAGACCCGACCUGUCAAAGCCGAUGACGACUGCAAACUGCCCCGGGAACGAGGAGCUGGACUUCAGGCUGAUCUUCGGAGAGGACGUGCAGCCGCCGCCGCCGUUAGGCCCCGUAGAUCUGGAUCCAGAUGACAACACAUCGUUCUAUAUCCUAAAUGUGGGCCAGCCUCAGUCUAUGAUCACCAACCACCAGUCUAUUGGUCUGUCUCGACAUGGCAUGCACUCCCAAUCCCAAGUCAUCAACACUUCAUCACGCCUUCCAUCACAUAAACCAGGAUCUGAGCCGUUAAGCUAUGAGGCACAAGACUCCAAGUAUGCCACCUCCCCCUUGCUGUCCAGUGCUCCUGUGGAAGCACCAAAGGCUUUCGAGUGCCCCAGUAUCCAGAUUACCUCCAUUUCCCCUAGUUGCCAGCAGGAAAUGGAUAGCAAUGAAGGGGAGAUGAGGUCCAAUGGUCCUGAUGGGGAUUACAACAGAGAGAGGACCUUGUCUAGAGACCACCUGUAUUUGCCACUAGAUCACUCAUAUCGAGACUCUUCACUCAGCCCCAGUCCAGGCAGCAGCCUGUCCUCACGGAGCUGGUUUUCCGAUGCCUCCUCUUGUGAAUCAUUUUCACAUGUCUAUGAUGAUGUUGACUCAGAGCUGAAUGAAGCAGCUGCCAGGGUUUCUUUGGGCUCCCCUCUGACCUCUCCAGGCUGUGCCUCCCCUCAAGCCGGUGGUGGAGUUCUAGAGGAGCAGUCUUUCUGGCAUCAACAUCACCCCCCCUUCGUGCACCACUCUCACUCCACUCUUUCCCCUCGACAGUCGCCCUGCCAUUCGCCACGCAACAGUGUCACUGAUGAAAACUGGCUCAGCCCGCGACCAUCUUCCAGGCCUUCUUCACGUCCCACUUCACCUUGUGGGAAAAGGCGCCACUCCAGUGCUGACAUUUGCUAUCCAAGUUCAUUGUCUCCUCAUCAUUCGCCCACUCCCACGCCAGGACCUUCCCCCAGGGGUAGUGUGACAGAGGACACUUGGGCUGGAAGUCCCUCUGUAGGCAUGUCACCCUUUCAGUGCUGCCCAUCUGAGACAGACAUCCCACUAAAGACAAGAAAGACCUCACAGGACAGAACAUCUAUACAGACUGGGAAAGGAGAGCUGGGGCUAGAUGACCAAGAUAAUAUGUCUUCUAAUCUGGACUCUCCUUCAGAUGAGAACCUACACAGCUUGAAAAAGGAUGGGCCUGCAGAACAGUUCCUAUCAGUGCCCUCACACUUCUCAUGGAAUAAACCCAAGCCUGGCCAUACACCUAUAUUCAGGACCUCCUCACUGCCUCCUUUAGAUUGGCCACUGCCAAACCAGUUUGGACAGUAUGAACUGAAGAUAGAGGUACAACCCAAAGCCCACCAUCGUGCGCAUUAUGAGACUGAAGGCAGCCGGGGAGCUAUCAAAGCAGCAUCUGGUGGCCAUCCUAUCGUCAAGCUUAUUGGCUACAGUGAGAAACCUGUCAACCUGCAGAUGUUCAUUGGAACAGCAGAUGACCGCUACUUGAGGCCGCACGCCUUUUACCAGGUGCACCGCAUCACUGGAAAAACCGUAGCCACAGCCAGCCAAGAAAUCCUGGUCUCCAGCACCAAAGUUCUCGAAAUUCCUCUGCUUCCUGAGAACAACAUGUCAGCCAGCAUCGACUGUGCUGGCAUACUUAAACUGCGGAACUCAGACAUUGAGCUGCGGAAGGGGGAGACGGAUAUCGGAAGGAAGAACACUCGGGUGCGCGUGGUGUUCCGAGUGCACAUCCCUCAACCCAACGGGAAGGUGCUGUCGCUGCAGGCGGCCUCCAUUCCAGUGGAGUGUUCCCAGCGUUCAGCUCAAGAGCUGCCCCAGGUUGAGAAGUCCAGCCUCACCAGCUGUCUGGUCAGUGGGGGGGAAGAGAUGGCCAUCACAGGUUCCAACUUCUUCCCAGAGUCCAAGGUUAUCUUCCUGGAGAAAGGCCCUGAUGGACGACCACAGUGGGAAGUUGAAGCAAAAAUAAUUCGGGAGAAAAGUCAAGGCUCAUGCAUGGUGGUGGAGGUGCCUCCCUACCACAGUAAGGCUGUGAGCUCAGCUGUACAGGUGCAGUUCUAUGUCUGCAAUGGCAAACGCAAAAGGAGCCAAUCACAGCGCUUCACCUACCUGUCAGUUAUGGUAAAACAGGAGCAGAGAGACGAGCUGGACCUUCCUGCUGUUCCCCCUAUUUCCAUGCCCUUAACACAUGCUGCCGGUCUGGUACACCCUCAGCUGCCUUCUCCUGAGCAGGGCCACCCACCAGACAACCUUCUGUCCAGCUCCCUUCACAGCCUGACCACAGUUUCCAGACCUGACCUGCUACCUCGGCCGGGCCCCUGCCCCUCCCUGAGCUCCCCUCUGUACCCACACCUGCCUCACCUUCAGGGCCACAGUUUGCACCACCCUCCUGCAGACUGCCACAUGCCGUUCCACCAGAGCUCUGCUCCCGCUCCCCUCCGGCCCCCCUAUCAGCCUUUGCAGCACAGCCACGGUCCGAGCCAUAACCUGUCCUUCAAUGGCCAGCCUAGCCUUCCUCUUCAAAGCUAUGACAGGAUGCCCUUUCAGCAGAGCCCCAGUGCAGCAUCACAUCCAGUUGGCUUGGGAAUGGGUUACCAGUCCUCCCCUUGCUCCUCACCAUCAGCUCCCUCUCCAACCACCAAUACGAUAAUUGGAUCCCCCCAGAGCCAGCAGCCCCUGCUGUCUCCUUCAUCCCCACACCUCCAUGCUCUCGGAGGCUUUCACUGCUCACCAAAUCCCAGCCAUGUGCCCUCUCAAGGUGUGCAACCCCUGACUGGGCAGCACUCCCCACAGGUACAGAGGGGUCUGAGCUACCACCCAGUGAGUCAAAGGUCAGCUUCCUGUCCCACACCGUCCACCACCCAUCCUCCACAGAUGAUCCCUUCUCCCCAUUCUGGGCCUUCCUCUCCUCAGCUCCACUCGCUACCGUACCAGUCUCCCACUUCAUCCUCACCCACCUCGGGUGGCAGCCCUCUGGGGGUCCUACCACAGCAGCAUUCAGGACAGCCCUCUCCUCAGGCCACAAGUCCGGUCCUGACCAGUCUGUCUCCUUCGGCAGUGGGGCCGCUGGGUCAUCCACUAAGUCCUCAGGGGCCCUUUCCCUCGGAUGGGGAGAGGCCAAAUAUUAAGCAGGAACCAGAGGACAGAGAGCCCACCUUCCGCUCCAUCGGCCUGCAGGACAUCACUCUGGAUGAUGUGAACGAGAUCAUCGGCAGAGACAUGUCCCAGUCCCCCAGCACCCACGGCUCUCCGUCAGUUCACAACCAGUCGUAGCUCCAACGCCGACGCAGUCUUUUGGCUCCAGCCUCCAGCUCCUCACCCUGCAGACUCCACAGCACAGAGCCAGGAUGCGGUGCGGGUACCGGUCCUGCUGCUGGAAGAAUGGCAGAGGAGAGACGGGACUGUGAGGGGAGGGAAGACUAAAGAGAGGUUCAUUUCAGCGAUGCUGUAGCUCUGAUGUAGAUGACUUCAUGCAGAUGUGGAACAGAAAAACAAAACGAGCGUGUCGGUGGAGGCCGUGUGGAGCCGCAGCAGGACGUUUGAGUUUUUGUAGCUGUCUGUAAGUUCUCAGGCUUGUGUUUGACUCUCUGCUCCUUCACAGCGCUGCUUUCUUCCUGACCAUCAGCGAAGGCAUCACAACGGAGGGUUUCCGUCAGCCCCCGUUUCACCAGCAUAGACUUCCAUGAGUGGAGAUGUAGCUCGAAGCUUUGUUGCAAGAACCCAAAGCUGCGUUUCCCCCACUUCUUCACAUGGUUUGUUUUUGAAUACGUUUCUGGCAACAUAGGAAACAGCAAGAGACUAAAACUGCCAGAAAACCGUUGUGAGGUUCAGCAAAACUGAGGGAAGAUGAGUCGUUCUGCUGCAUUACCAAAUUAAGAUAAAACCUGCCUGAACUAUCAGAACACCCUUUAGAUUAAAACAGAUUUUUUUCUUUACCCAGAAAAGAAAACCGUUCAGGUCUGGAGCAGAGCUGCUGCUCCUGUGGAGCUGAUGUCAGAUCUGUAAAAUAUGCAACAUUCCACCUUUUAGGAACCUUGCAGCUGUCUAGAUAAAUACAAUUUAUAAUAUUUUAUGUCCCUUUUCCCUAUGUUUUCUUCAGUUAUGCUCCUCUCUCCCAGGUUUCCUUCCUUUUUUUUGAGUUGCACAAAUGCCUUAUUGUUAAGCAGCUUUCUGUGGUAGCUACAGCUUUUGUUUGGUUUGCACAGCAGGCCUAAAGUCACAUGAUGGGACAUUUUUGAAACCAGACUCCUGACACAGAAUUAAUUAUGUAUUUGAUCAUUUAUUUAAAAAAAUGUUAUUACGAUGUCACAAAGGAGUGUUUUCAUUGGUCCACAGAGUUCGAGCGCUUUGCCUCAAAGUUUCAAAUCCUGUCUUCACUCCUCAGAUGUCCCCCCGGCGCCUUUUUUGUGCCUUUUUUUCCACAUCCAAACAGCCGCCAUUAAAACGACAACCUGCUCAGCAUUUAUUAAGAAACGAUGAAGAAUGUUUUCCAGCUAAACAUGUCUGUAUGUUGUAUUUAUGUCCUUCGUAUGUGCAGAACAAUGGGUAACUCCAGAGAGCAACGUCUGGACGUACUGGGGUCUUCCAGCUGCUCCCUGCUCGCAACAACCAACAUUAGCUGUUGUCCUGAAACGGCUUCUUACACGUGUUUUUUUCCUCCCCUGCUCUUAAAUUUUUUAAAAUGCAGUCAGUGCCUGUAUGGCAGCAAUAACACGAAAUCCCAGGUCGGAGACGUAAACAGUUGCUGUUUUGAGGAUUUCCUCUGGCUUUUUGCCUUAAGACUGACGACAAUGUUGCUCUGCAUGUUAGAGCCAGGAAAGUGUUGCUUCUGAUGGUUUGAAGUCAGUUUUCAGGUAAAAUAAAUAAUUCUGCUAUGCAUUGAUAUUCUGCUUGAUGCCUUUAAAAAUAAAAAAGACAAAAAAAAGACCUUGAUGCCUAUAGAAGUAGACUUGUUUGAUGGUUGAUCGACUCUGUUAGCAUCCUGAAUGGAGGAAGCAGUGCAAGCAUCUGAAAUGUGUGUGUGUGUGUGUGUGUGUGUGUGUGUGUGUGUGUGUGUGUGUGUGUGUGUGUGUGAGUGUGUGAGCGAGAGGGUGUGCGAGUGUGUGGGUAGGUGUUUGAACCAAAUAUCCAGAUCUAUUGAGUCCUAUUUUCAGUACCAGAAGCACACAUUGAGGCUAUGCAAACUGUAACAGCAAAUGUGAGAACUGUCAUUAAAUAAGAAACGUUAAAAAAAAAUAACAUUUUUUUUGGGAUUUCACAGGAAAACAAAAAAACUUUUGUAUGUUGACGAUAUCAUGUCAUUAUGUGAACUGUUAGGAUGCCUUAACUCUCAUCUGAGAAGCAGUUUGUCUGAAAGCUCUUCAGGUUUUAGUUUUCCCUCCAAAUGAAUUCAGCUAAACUUAGUCAGUGAUUGUGUUCUGGGGGGGAAACAGUGUGGACAAAAAAAAAGGGGGGGGGGGUUGAUGGGAGACUAGAGACGAGGCUUUGUUUUAUAGUUGGUUUUGCAUCUUGAGAAACUUGAGUCUGCAACAAUAAUAAAAACAUAGAAAGGAAACAAAACCAGCAUUGACUCUGGCUGCUGCCCUCUUCUGUCACAACCAAAGACCGAACAACUCGUUCCUGUUUUAGACGCUACGAAGGCUGCUGUGACUGUACAACUCUAUUUUUGAUACUUGGAAAAUGGAUGUCAUUCCUAAACGGUUAAAGACGUGUGAGGGUGUCUGUUGAGACUGUAAAAUAAAAAGGGAAAUACAGGUUUAGCUGAUGUGUUUACCAAGCCUUGUAUUGAUACUUCUUGUAUAUUUUGUAUGGUAAUUUCUUUUUUUUUUUUUUUUUUGUAAUUUUUAAGACUGCAGUGCUUUUUGAAAUUAUUCAAUGGGAAGAACACCUUGCAUCAUAAUGGUAGGCUGUAAUGUAGCGUAUGUCAAUAAAUCAGAAAACUCAA